AUGGACACUUUAAUUGGUAUUUGUGGCCGUGAUUUCGUGGCUGUAGCCACCGAUACCUAUGAGAAGUCUUCAAUAGUGACGUUGAAGAACGACGACGAGAGUAAAAUAAUGCAAAUCGACGACUCGAAGCUUCUAUUGUUGGCUGGACCUUCGGGUGACCGUAUGCAGUUUGGAGAAUACAUUAGAAAAUCAGUCCACUACCACCGCUACAAAACUUCGUUUAGCAUGACCACAAAAUCAAUGGCUCACUUUGUAAGACAACAAUUGGCCGAAUAUUUAAGGAAAAGCCCUUAUCAAGUUGAUUUACUAGUUGCAGGAUUUGAUAAUAAUGGACCUAAAUUAUAUUGGAUAGAUUACUUGGCAAGUUCAACUGAAGUUGACAGAGCAGUUCACGGAUAUGGAGGUCACUUUCUCAGGGGUUUACUAGACAAGGAAUACCACGAGAAUUUGACUGUUGAGGAGGCUGUUUCAAUGUUAAAGAAGUGCCGCCACGAAGUCAAAAAUCGCUUCCUCCUCGGUCAAUCGAACUUUAGAGCAAAGAUAAUUGAUAAAAACGGGGUCCACGAUGUCGAUAUUGAAGAUGAUGACACCCCUGAAGUGUUCCGACUUCAUGAUCCAAAAGCCAUUAAAGUUGAUUAA